GGAUCCACAGCCGCUGUCAUAAUCAACUGAAUCUAGAUCCAGGAUCCACACAUCAAAAUAUUCAAGUACUGGCUUAGUAUGAUAAUGCAUAUCUGAAAAUCAUGCAUUGUUUUGAUAAAGUUAUCGAUCUGCGUCUUUUUGGGUCAUGCAAAUCACCAAGACUUUUAUGUGUUGAUUUCAAAAAAAAAUUCUCUAUCAUGCACACAGAUCAAAAAACUAGCAAAGAUCCGCAAUAUUUUGUAAGAAAAAGCAUUCUAGUAGAAUCAGAUCGGUACCAGUUAGGUGUUCAUAGCAUUUCAAGAGUCGGUUUUGUGGGUUUGUCCAGAGGCCACUCUACCUAGCUUACCCUUUCAAAGUGUGAAAGGGAAUACCACAUAGGGUGUUUGAGGCCACAUAAGAGAAUCGAUCUGAAGGAUUUGCCAUCUGGAAUUUGUUCUGCACGGUGGACUGUGGAAUACAUCAUUCAGUUCUUUAGAAGUUGGUGGCAUGUGGGCCCAUGAAGGUCCCUGAUUCUCUUAUGGGUUUCAUUACGAAGAAAUCAAAGGUCAGUGUUUCGGAGGAAUCGGAAUGGGAAUCGGAAUCGGUAUCACCAAUUCUGAUGUUUCUAAUGACAACAAAAUGUUGCUUUCACAAGCUGUUGAUAUCUUUCAUAAACACUUCACAUCUAUUGUUGAUUCCAUUACCGGAAGUGAUUUUAUUCCAUCAAUGGCUUAUGGGCAGACAAUAGGUGAUUCCGACUUCAAAGUUCAAUGUGCUAUGCUGAUAGUAGAGUUAAAAGUUGUUACAGCUGGAAUGCUUCGUGUAUUUGUGGAAAAUGUUGCAGAGCAUCGACAUCAAUGGUGGAAUUCUAUGGAACAUCUUUGUUAGAAAAGGAGGUUGUGGGGUCUCAAGGUGGAGUUACAUUUCAAGAUGGUUUUCGUUUUACUCUUUCCAUGGAAAAUAACGUAUGUAAUGAAUGAAUGAAUGAAUAAUGGAUACUCUAUUGGGGGACUUAUAUUUGCUGGUUUUAAAAUAUUCAUUUUAUGUACGCUUCAAGAUUUUUAUUGUGUUGAAUAUGUAAUUAUCGUUAAUUUUUUCAU